AUGCGGGAAACAUUCGUGAGGGUGGACUGCAAGGAGAACAUAGGCCGAUUCAAUGAACCAUCUAUCUUAGACUGCAUGAUCAAGCCGACACAGAAGUUGGAAGACUUGACAGUGAACGAAGUCGUUUGGAGAAAAGAUAACAAGGCCGUGCUGGUUUUUAUUGGUAAAAAAGUAAAGGAGUUGACGAAGGGCUAUUCGUUUGCGGAGCCGUCAUUCAACAGCAAGUCAUUGAACAUAUCAAUGCUCAUCGCAAACACUGCCGUGUCAAACCAUGGCAAUUACACAGUCUCUGUGGGAACUGACAGAGGGAACAUCGAAAGCUCAGCCAGCCUUGAUGUCACAGCCAAAUACAAAACACCCAUCAUCCUAUCAGCCCCAGCAAACGGCACCCGAAACUCACAAGUCACCCUUACAUGUCGCUCAGAAGGCGGCUAUCCAAAGGGGCAACUGAGCUGGUCUAUUGGUGAUGACGUGCAGCAGAACAUAAAUACUGUGGCCAAGGAGAUGGAAACUGGACUGUACAGUCUGUCCAGUGAGCUGACUUUCUGGCUUGGGCAGGACCCUUCCAAAAUCAAAUGUGUGGUAUUCAACGCCAAUGGCGGCAAAGACUACGAGGCCAUAGUGACGAUUGCAAACCCAAGCCAUUUUGCAGGUCGGGCAGAAAAAACAGAGAGAGGCUUGGAUGUUGCUACCAAAGUAGUAGCCCCUGUGGUGGUCAUUGGGUCGCUUGUUGUAGGAUUGCUGCUGUUCCUGGUGUUAAAAAUCAAGUGCCUUAACUAUCGGAUCGUCAACCUGAAACACUUCCAGAACAAGGUUGGAUGGGGAGCAAACGAGGAGGACAGCGCCUCCUUUGCUCGCUCCCUCCCUCUCUCUCUUUCUCUUGGCAGCACGUGCGUGGCGGUGUAA